CAGACCCUCUCGAUCGCGCGGGAAGAAAACGAACUCCCGAACAAUCAAUAAUUUGAAGUAGAUCGUGAAUUCGAGACAUGGUGAAAAUAUUGCUGCCGAGUCCGUGAAGGAACAGAGCUACCGAUAACAUGUGAUUUAAGAGCUGAAAUGAAACACAACCCGGCGAAAAUAAGAAAAAUUGAACGACGUUGUUCCUAAUGGGAGACCACAAUGGUGAGACCAGUCAGCUCCAAGAGAAAACUUUUCAGUGCCAGCAAAGAACAGAAAGAAAAUGAGCCAGCCGAUGGCAAAUUAAGGGCCAAGCAAGGUGAGGCCCUGGGCUACCCGGAGAGCUUCAGUGUAAACAGCAUUGGAGGCCAACGGAAAGGUGGGGUUGCCGCUAACAACCACCACCAUAACAACUCUAGCCUUGGGAUAGGAGGGUGCAGCGGCAUCGUGGGGGGAGCUGGGAAAGUGGUUGAAGGGGGGUGGGGGGCUGAAGAUGUAGCACCUUCAACCCACCACACCCCCAACCGCCCGGUCAUGCCCAUGUCAGAACGGCAGCAGAUUGCCCUUCUCAUGCAGAUGUCAUCACCCUCACCUCCAGACAAAGUAGAACUGAGCCGUUCCAGCAGUCCUCGCACACCAGGUACCCCAAGUGUUUGCCGUGGGGUUAACAAAAGGAAUGAGCGGGGAGAGACACCCCUCCAUGUAGCUGCCAUCAAGGGAGAUACAGAGAGGAUCUCUCAGCUAAUUACUCAAGGUGCUGAUGUCAACGCUACCGACUAUGCUGGUUGGAGUGCGUUACAUGAGGCUUGCAAUCGAGGCUUCUACGGAGUGUCAAAGUUGUUGAUUGAAGCGGGGGCAGACGUAGAUGCCAAGGGACUUGACAACGACACUCCACUACACGAUGCAUGCGUCAACAAUCACUUUAAGCUGGUACGCUUAUUGUUAAGGUGUGGGGCUGGAGUGAAUGUGGUGAACCGUCGUGGCAAGACCCCCCGUGACGUGUGCCGUUCCCCAGGCAUUGUGGCGCUGAUCGAGGCAGCGGCACGCGGCCAGCUCCAGGACCUGGGAACAUCUUCAGGGGACGAGCUCACACCUCAGCAGAAAGGCAGUAGUUGUACAAGCAUGUCGAGGCGGACUCCUCCUGCUAACAAAUCUAAUGAGGAAAAGCCUGGUGGUGGUAGUAGUGGCGGAGGCGGCCCUGGGUCUCCAAGAGUGACACUGCGACUGCCCAACACCGUCACACGCACACCAGAGAAGCCACCUCGCCCACAUGACAACAAGGCAGUGAUGGAGAACAGCGAGGACGUGUACGAAUUCAAAUGCAGCAAGGACGAGGCACGGGGUGGGGAGGAGGAGGAAGACAAGAGCGCGGGGGGUGGAAAUAACCGGACAGAAGGGGGAACGGGAGGGGGUCCACAAGAGGAAAAGGCGGACAAAAGGGGGAGGGAGCCUGAUGCAGAGGAGGAUGAGGAGGCACGCAAGAAGAGGAAGAAGGAGGACACCAAGGAGGGGGCCAAGGGGGUUGGGAGGGGGGCCAAUAGGCCAGCAGGCAACUCUGAGAAAGGAGUGAAGUCAGGAGGUCGGGGGAACAGCAGCGCCAGCAGUGGGGUUGGGGGGACCAAGCAGUGCACAACAGGUGCAGGCAUGGCAUCAGGGGAGCGCAAGAGCCCCAUGGGUUCAGCAGCCAACAGCCCCAAACCGCCAAGUACCAAGACUGGGGGAGAGAGUAGUGACACAGAGGAUGACGGCAAGAGCGAGUCAAGCUCUGGCGCUGGACCCAAGGUGCCCCCCCUUAAGAUUGUGCUUGGGGGAGGCACCGAGCAGGAGCCCAACACCAGGAACGGCAAGAGUUCCAGCAACCGUCUGCCUUAUGUCGUCAACACCAGCUCAGGCGAGGAGAAGGAGGGCACAGGAGAUUCUAAGGAGGGCAUUACAGCAGUCAAGAUGGAGGACCAAGGGAAUUCCAACAGUAAUGGUAGCAGCACAGGGAGUGAGAAGGGAAGCGGAACAAGGAUAACACGGUCCCAGAAACUCUAGCUCUGCUGAAGAGUCAACAACAGUGAAAACGGAGGUGAAAGUGGAAGAGUCAACAAUCUCUUCCACUUCUCCUGAUGCUGUUCAUCCUCGCAAGAGAAAAAUACGCAUGAAGGAGACAGAACCUGAAGCCCCACCAGUAUCACUUGUGGACCAACCUAUCAGCAACUGUUAUGAGACCUUCUUGAAAAUUAGAAAGCAGAUUGAGCGAAGGAGAGAGAACCUGCGUCCGGUCCAGCCAAAGCCUCCACAAGGGUUCAAGGACUACCUAAUGAACAGAUGCUCGUAUGUGCUAGCAGGGAAUGCUUCAUCAAGGCUAUCUGUACCUGUGAUCUCCCCUCCAGCAUCCCUGUGCCAGUUACUGAAGGACCUCUUUAAUGAUCAGGAGAAGGAGCGGUAUAGGCUAAGAUUACAGCAUCUCAUAGAGAAAGAAAAACUAGUGUUAAGUGUUGAGCAGGAGAUUUUGCGUGUUCAUGGGAGAGCAGCAAGAGCCUUAGCCAAUCAAGCCCUUCCGUUCUCAGUUUGUACGUUUUUGAAAGAUGAGGAGGUUUACAACAUAAUUUCCCCUGAGCAAGAAAAGGAUGGUAAUGCUCGCUCUAGGUAUAAUGGCCGACUCUUUCUUUCAUGGCUACAAGAUGUAGACGAUAAGUGGGAUAAAAUUAAGGAAAACAUGGUGCUGCGCCACCACAAUGAGGCGGAAUCACUACAUGCAGUGCAGAAGAUGGACUGGGAGUGGAAGCUGAAGGAGCUAGGCGACCUGGAUGCCAACACCAAACCUCAGAUAGAUGACCUGCAUGUGCCCAUGGUCCAUGUCUCAGAUGACUUUGACCUUCUCCCAGCCUGAGAGGUUGAGGUGGAUGAAUGUGAUGCAGUUUGUUUAAUUAUCAUUUUUGUCUUUACAUAAGGGGUGAUUUUGAAGUCCCAAGGUGUGAGAGCUAUAAUUAGACUUCGUACUACGCUUCGUUGUGUAAUGCCUUGCCUGUUCACACCACCUCAACCCCUGCGACUACUUUCGCAGCCCAGAGUAGUGGCGGCUUGGCUUAUUUUUUUUAGAUAUUUUGCACAUGAGGCAAAACAUGGAAGUGAUGAGGAGAUAUUCUGUGGCUGUGAUAUUUUCUUAGUUAAACUUUUUGAACUUUCUGCUGGCUUGCAGAUAGGUCACGUAGAGAGGUAAAAGCCCUAAGCAUAUUUACCAUACUUA